AUGGUCAAUUCUGCUUCUGCCAAAACUCAAACAAGUUUGUUUUCUGCCUUACCAAGUAACACAUAUUGGUGCCUUCGAACAAUUAACAAGGAGGAGAAUUUUCUGUACUGCGAAUUUGUAACUGAAUUUGUGAGCUUCUACGACCUUAACGAGGAUCCAUAUCAGGCACGUUUACUCCAUAAUGUCGUCUAUUCGCUGGAUAUGGAUGUGUUAGAAAAGCUAAGCGAACGUCUACGACAUCUUAGAGAGUGUAAAGGAGCAUCUUGUGAGCUAUAUUCGAGCUCAAACUGGGAACAGCAUAUUUCGAAAAGCUCAGCUAUACCAAACGAAGGAAAAGGCAACAUGUACUUUCUUGAUAACUACCUUCAUAACGGCAUUCAUUCUUCUACGAUUGGUCGUUCAUUGCGUGCCAGUUAUGAGGUGGCCACUCUAUGA